GGUGACUCAUGGCUCAGUUCCCUCAACAGGUACAGAACAUCACAUUUAGUAACUCAGAGUGGAUGCAUAUGGUACACAGAUAGUUCAUGUGCUGUGUUCUCUCCUGCAUGCCUGACAUCCAUACAAUACAAUGAUAAUGAGAUACCUGAGGAUAUUGAUCUUCGUGCUGUUCUUAACAGCUGUCAGUUACAUCUACAGAUUUACCUUAAAAAAAAGUACCAUGCGCUACCUAUAUUUGACAGGAAAUGAAAUCAAAGUUUUAAGCGGAAAGCUGAUAUCAUCUCAGGAAAAUGGUAACGGUUUGCUAAAAACGACCACAGAAGGAAUGAAAACACAAGCUUCCUCCAGUCAUUUAAACCCAGUGAAUGUUUUACGAGACAAUGGUAUCAUUUUUGUGGAGGUCACAGACAGGAUGAAACCACUUUCAUUGGCGCUAUGUGCCAUUGAGUCAGCAGCUCGAGUUUACAAGGACAGACCAGUGGCCUACUUUAUGAAAGGACUAAAUGGGACAAACUCAGAGACAGUUAAAAUGAAAUACUUCCCAACAUUAAUGCCUCAUAACAAUGUUUACUUCUUCCCUCUGAAAAUGGAGGAAGUAUUGGCAGAAACACCACUUCUCUCAUGGUAUCAAAAAAUUGACCCAUCACGGGAAAAAUUUUGGAUUCAUGUUAGUUCUGAUGCAAUGAGACUGGCUCUUAUCUGGAAGUAUGGUGGCAUUUGGAUGGAUUCUGAUAUUAUUUCAAGGCAGCAGAUACCACAUCAGAAUUUUCUGGCAGCAGAAUCCAAUCAGCGUUCCAGUAAUGGUGUUUUUGGGUUCCCUUCCCAUCAUGACUUUAUAUGGAGAAGCAUGGAAGAUUUUACUAGCAAAUAUAAUAGUGAAAUAUGGGGCUAUCAAGGACCUUGGCUGUUUACUCGUAUUUUAAACACAUUCUGUUCAAUCCCUCCAUUUAAAAGUGUUGAAGAUGUCAUGUGUGGAAACAUCACGUUCUUGAAUCCUCAACGGUUCUAUCCUGUUUUUUACACAGACUGGCAACGAUACUUUGAAGUCUGGACCAAAGAACCGACUUUUAAUGAUUCCUAUGCUUUGCAUCUCUGGAACCACUUUAAUAAUGGACCUGUGCUGAAUCCAGCACUUGGGCUCUUCUUGCUCAUCCUCACAGGUGCUUUCUGCGCUUUUCUGAACCCAGUAAGUGAACUUUAUAUUCAUUAUUUAUGUAUAUGCCUGUUAAGUGAUUUUCAUAUUUUGUAAUAUUAUAUUCAAAGG